UAACUAUCCAAAAGUGCGUGUACUGCGAGAGAGCUAGAGAGAGAAAUGCAAAAACCCUAGAUUAGAUGGUAAGACUUUUUUGGUUCUUGUAAGUAUCACAAUCAUCAUUUGUCUACCUAUAUAUACAGGUCUUCCCUUCUUGCAUUUUUCCUCAGCAAUCAUAGAAAACUUUCUAUCUGGUUUUGUUUGGUUCGGAGAGAAUUAGAAAAGAAAGAUUGAGAAAGCAAUUCAGCUUCGAAAAACGUCCCGAAGAGUUAAGUGUUUGUCGAUUCAAGUCGGAGAAAAAGAUGGGAAGAGCCCCUUGUUGUGACAAAGACAACGUGAAGAGAGGACCAUGGUCUUCUGAAGAAGAUGCAAAACUCAAGACCUAUAUGGAGAAAUAUGGUACUGGUGGCAAUUGGAUUGCUCUUCCUCAGAAAAUUGGGCUUAAUAGAUGUGGAAAGAGUUGCAGAUUGAGAUGGCUGAAUUACCUGCGACCUAACCUCAAACAUGGCGGAUUCACAGAGGAAGAAGACAACAUAAUUUGCAGCCUCUAUAUUAGCAUUGGCAGCAGAUGGUCCAUAAUUGCUGCCCAACUGCCUGGAAGAACAGACAAUGAUAUCAAAAAUUACUGGAACACUAGAUUGAAGAAAAAACUGUUGGGAAGGCACAAACAACCUCACAGAAAUAGACUGUCCAUUUCAGGUCGGGAUUCAAAUGGUAUAGAUGACAGCCAAAAUUUUCAAAACUUGAGCAUGACAACCCUAGAAAGACUUCAGCUACACAUGCAAAUUAAAACUCUUCAAAAUCCCUUUUGUUUAUACUAUAAUCCUGCAUUGAUGGUUCAAAAUUUCCAGUUCUUGGAGGAAAACCAAGACAUUCUGAUGCAACAAGAUUAUUUCAAUUUGAGCAAUUUGAAAGAAGAUGAACUUGGAAAUUCUAUCAAUGGAAUACCAUCUACGGAAAAUAUUUCAGGGCAAUCAAACACUAACACGAACACGGGAAUUCAGCCUAGUUCGACAUUCAUUCAAGCAGAACUUGAUGUUGGGUUUAUUCCUGCACAAAAUUCGAUGGUGGUUGAUGAGUUUCAAUGUUUCAAAGAAAUAGAUGGCUCAAAAUUAUAUAACCCAAGAUGGUUGUCUAAUGAAUUUGAUGUCAAUUUAGCAUCCUCAAACUCCUGGGAUUCUGCUAAUGUUCUUCAUAAACCCGAAGAAAUGUGCCAAAAUUACUCAACUGGCUACAGUAUACAGUAACAGAAGAUACGACUUCGAGGAUCUGUAGGAGUUCAUUUGUUGCUUUAUAAAAGAGGGGAAUUAUAUAAGGUGGAGAACCUUAUUAUUGGUGUUGUAAAUUAUGUGAAUAAUGUUAUGUUCUUGUCAUCUUGCCAAAUUAUAAAUGUACUAGACAUGAUUUUUAAAAGAGUUUUGUCAUUAUUGAA